GGUGGCGGGGCCGCCUGGUGCGCUUUCCGGACCAGUCCUUCUCGCCCAGACGCCAAUUCCAUCUCCUGCGGCGCGGGCUUUCGUCAGAGUGGCCAUCCCAGCUCUCCCUUGCCUUUCUCCGGCCCCCGUUAAACCGCGUCCUGGGUUCCUGCAAUGAGGGACGGCUGCCUGAGAGCAGAAUAGGCUUGGGCCUGGCCGGGAGACGCGGGAGCGGAGUUGCCGGUUGGGAGAGGCGAACUCCCGCCUUCCCUUGCCGUUUACCCCUCCACCCCAGGCUUCCAGGUGGGGAACCUGAGGCCAGGUGUCAUUUUCGUCCUGCUCCAGUAACGUAGCAGCAGAUCCUGGUGCUCCGUCCAACCCCAUCAUCUCAUCCGAGGCUGGACAGGCAUCGGGUCAAGCCCCCAUUAAGGGCACAAGAUCCGGGCCAAAACGAAGAGGAGAUUCUCAUUGUCUUUUUAGGGUUUAAGUUUUUGAAAUUGAAGUAGGUCUACAUAUUAAGAACUCAUGUCUUUUCUUCGGUGGGUCUCGGAAAAGUUCAUUGUUGAGGGCUUAAGAGAUUUGGAACUAUUUGGAGAGCAGCCUCCGGGUGACACUCGGAGAAAAUUGAAUGCACAUCUGAAGAAAGAGGGUCUAACCCAGGCAUGGUGGUGCAUGCCUGUAAUCCAGCAACUCAGAAGGCUGAGGCAGAAGGAUCACAAGUUUGAGACCAAUGAAGCAAGCUCAGAGUCGAUAGCAUCCUUUUCUAAACAAGAGAUCAUGAGUAGCUUCCUGCCAGAGGGAGGAUGCUAUGAGCUGCUUACCACUAUAGGCAAAGGAUUUGAGGACCUGAUGAUAGUGAAUCUAGCAAGAUACAAACCAACAGGAGAAUAUGUGACCGUACGAAGGAUUAACCUAGAAGCUUGUUCCAAUGAGAUGGUGACGUUUUUGCAGGGGGAACUUCAUGUCUCUAAACUCUUCAACCAUCCCAAUAUCGUGCCAUAUCGAGCCACCUUUAUUGCAGACAAUGAGCUGUGGGUUGUUACAGCAUUCAUGGCAUAUGGUUCUGCAAAGGAUCUUAUUGGCACACACUUCAUGGAUGGCAUGAAUGAACUGGCGAUUGCUUAUAUCCUGCAGGGGGUGCUAAAGGCCCUGGACUACAUCCACCAUAUGGGCUAUGUGCACAGGAGUGUUAAAGCUAGCCACAUUCUGAUCUCUGUGGACGGGAAAGUCUACCUUUCUGGUUUACGCAGCAACCUCAGCAUGAUCAGCCAUGGGCAGCGGCAACGUGUGGUCCAUGAUUUUCCUAAGUACAGUAUCAAGGUCCUCCCUUGGCUCAGCCCUGAAGUCCUUCAGCAGAAUCUUCAGGGUUAUGAUGCCAAGUCUGACAUAUACAGCGUGGGAAUCACUGCCUGUGAACUAGCCAAUGGCCAUGUCCCCUUUAAGGAUAUGCCUGCCACUCAGAUGCUGCUGGAGAAGCUGAAUGGCACAGUACCCUGCCUGUUGGACACCAGCACCAUCCCUGCUGAGGAACUGACCAUGAGCCCUUCACGCUCUUUGGCCAACCCUGGCCUGAGUGAGAGUCUGACCACCAGCAACCCCCGGCCUUCCAAUGGUGACUCACCUUCCCAUCCCUACCAUCGAACCUUCUCCCCCCACUUUCACCAUUUUGUGGAGCAGUGCCUUCAGCGCAACCCAGAUGAAAGGCCAAGUGCCAGUGCCCUCCUGAGCCACUCCUUCUUCAAGCAGAUCAAGCGACGUGCUUCAGAGGCUUUGCCUGAGUUACUUCGUCCUGUCACCCCCAUCACCAAUUUUGAGGGCAGCCAGUCUCAAGAUCACAGUGGAAUCUUUGGCCUGGUGACAAACCUGGAAGAGCUGGAGGUGGACGACUGGGAAUUCUGAGCCUCUGCAGACUAUGCAUGUUCUCCAGCCUAGGGCAUGCAAGACCCAGGGGCCCUUUUUGAGGGCUGGCACAUUCUUACUCUCCUGGGUGCAGACUGGGUAGAAAGGACCUUUUGUCAGCAGAGCAGGCUGUGAUUGGAAGAGCAUCCAGGAGAGAUUUCUGCACUGCGUUUGAAACAAGGGAAUCCCAGGCACCAGGGGUUGGGAAGGGUCAGAAUGCUGACAUGUCCUGUCCUGCGAACUCAGGCAACCUUCUCAAAAGGAAGAGAUGCUGCCCUGGCCUUGAGGCUGAAGUCGAAGCCCAGGGUUUGACUCCUCAACCCAGGGAACUGUCACCUCCUCUUCCCAUCACUUGCUCUUUUGCCAGCCUGAUUGUAUUCUUUUCCUCUGCUUGCAGAUCCUAUUGGUCCAUGAAAGGGCAAGUCAUUGGCAGUUUGCUUCCCUUGCUCUGAAGCCUCUCCCUAAUAAACAAAGGGAAGGAUCUGUCUUUUUAAGCACCAGGUUAAUAAAGCUGGGGCAGUCCAUCCUUAUCCCCCUUAUCUCUUGGACCUUGACACCUAAACCUUCCCAUAAUUCAUCUGUGCAGCUCUUUCCUUUCCCAAGAAUUUGCCAGCUGCCUUGGUGCUUCUUCCAAGGGCCAUGAUGUCUUGCCUCACCUGAAGGCUUAAAUCCUUAUGCUGUGUUAGUUUCAUUGUCAGAACAUAUUAAAAUUUUCAGAGAACCUGUUAGA